AUGACAGGAGUACUCGACUACACGGCCUUCCCAGGCAUAAUCGACAGCAUCAUCGCCUUCGCGCCGGUCGCCUCCCUCAUCUCGCUGCGGGGCACGUCGCGCGCGUUCCGCGACCGCGUGGACGGGCUGCUCCUGCCGCACGUGGCCCUCGAGCUCGGCGCCGACAGCGACAUCCACCUCGUGUCCGCAGGCAGGGGGCCGCGGACGGCACUGCCGUACCGCCCGGAGAAGGUGCUCACCGCCGACCUGCGCGUGAGCGACCCCUCGGCAAGGCUGGACGGCUUCAGCGCCCUGCGCACGCUGCGGCGCGUUGGGGCGGGCGUCGUCGCUGACCUCGGCGACGUGCCGCAGGUCACUACGCUCGUCGACUUCUACGACCUGCGCGAAGUCCGCCCGGGGCAAGGGUACGGCGGCGGGCUGCCGUCCCUCGCGUACCCCUUCCCCGGGCUACAGCGCUACGUGCUCCACCUGCGCGUCGACGCGCACUCGCGCCCCCUCGACGACCUGCACGACCUGUUCCCCCGCGCAAGGCCGUACGAGCACUACGAGCGCUUUGGCGAGCUUGUCGUGGUGAUGCACGUGCCUGAGGUGCCGAGCAUCGUGGCCGCACACACCACGAUCGCAGCAGCGGGCUGCCUUGUCGUCGACGCGGUGUAUCGCCUGGCCGGCGCGCCAUCGCUCACCGUCGUCGGGUUCGACGAGCUCGCGUCCGUCGAGCUGCCCGACGCUGACGGCCGCGAGCGCCUGGACGACAUGGUCGAGCUCAUCCGCGACAUGCAGUCGGCAGUGCAGUACGACUGGCCCAUCUUCCACGCCGAGCACGAGCCGCGCACGCGCCCAUGA